AUGUUUGAUGGUGAUGAUGACAAAAAUAGUAAAGAUGAUGAUACUGCUGAUGAUGCUGAUAUGGAGAAUGUGGAUGAGCGUGAAUCACUGGACAAUGAUGUGGACAAUGAGGAUCCCGGACAAACUGAAGAACAUCGAAAUGAUGGUAAUGAUAAUGAAAACAAAUCAGAGGACGAUAUGGAACAUGUUAUGAACGAGAAACUAGAUGAGGAUGACAAUCAAUCGAAUGAUGAUGUUGGUGAGGAAGCGAUAACAGAAGUGACUGAAAAAGAUGAAAAGGAGAUGCAAGGAGAUUCCCUGAACGAAACAAAUGAUGCUAAUCUGGAAGAGUUAAACAAAGAUGAUGAAGAAAUUCUGAAAGGCGGUGCCGGAGGAAUGGAUAGAGGAGCAAUGGAGGAUACAAUGGACAAAGAAUCUAUUUCAAAUCCGAACGUUGUGAAUGAGAACGAUGAGAAUAUGAAAGAGGA